GGGAUGCGCCGCAGCGAAUGGUCGCGCCGGGCGCCGCUCUGAGCGACCUUUCACCCGCGCCCAGCGGUCCGGGGCGGCGGCACAAGGCGGAAGCCAUGGCGGAGGCGGCGGCUGCAGCGGGUGGAACGGACGUGGGUGCGAGCUCCGGCUCUGCAGCGGACCGGGACCGGGACCCGGACCCAGACCGGGACCGCGCCGGGCGGAGGCUCCGGGUUCUCUCGGGCCAUCUGCUGGGCCGGCCCCAGGAGGCUGUGAGUACCAAUGAGUGCAAAGCGCGGAGAGCCGCGUCGGCGGCCACGGCGGCGCCCACUGCCACUCCCGCCGUGCAGGAGUCAGGCACCAUCCCCAAGAAGCGGCAAGAAGUUAUGAAAUGGAAUGGAUGGGGAUAUAAUGAUUCCAAGUUCUUCUUCAAUAAGAAAGGCCAAGUUGAGUUAACUGGGAAAAGGUACCCUCUUAGUGGUAUGAUUUUACCAACUUUUAAAGACUGGAUCCAAAAUACCCUUGGAGUAAAUCUGGAGCAUAAAACUACCUCUAAAGCAUCCUUAAACCCUAGUGAUACACCUCCUUCUAUUGUAAAUGAAGAUUUUCUUCGUGACCUUAAAGAGACUAAUAUUUCAUAUUCACAAGAAGCAGAUGAUCGAGUAUUUAGAGCUCAUGGUCAUUGUCUUCAUGAGAUAUUUUUGCUCAGGGAAGGAAUGUUUCAGCGAAUUCCUGAUAUAGUUUUAUGGCCAACAUGUCAUGAUGAUGUAGUUAAGAUUGUGAAUCUAGCGUGCAAAUAUAAUCUUUGUAUCAUACCAAUUGGUGGAGGAACAAGUGUAUCAUAUGGCCUAAUGUGUCCUCCAGAUGAGACAAGAACAAUUAUUUCUUUGGAUACUUCACAAAUGAAUCGAAUCCUCUGGGUUGAUGAGAAUAAUCUGACAGCUCAUGUGGAGGCUGGUAUCACAGGACAAGAGUUGGAAAGACAGCUUAAAGAAAGUGGUUAUUGUACAGGUCAUGAACCAGAUUCACUGGAAUUCAGCACCGUGGGAGGAUGGGUUUCUACUCGGGCAUCGGGCAUGAAGAAGAAUAUCUAUGGCAAUAUUGAGGACCUGGUGGUUCAUAUAAAAAUGGUAACACCUAGAGGUAUAAUAGAAAAAAGCUGUCAAGGACCUCGUAUGUCAACAGGCCCUGAUAUCCAUCACUUCAUCAUGGGAUCUGAAGGAACUCUUGGUGUGAUAACAGAAGCUACAAUAAAAAUCAGACCAAUCCCUGAAUACCAAAAGUAUGGCUCAGUAGCUUUCCCUAAUUUUGAACAAGGAGUAGCCUGUUUAAGAGAAAUUGCAAAACAGAGAUGUGCUCCUGCAUCUAUCCGCCUCAUGGACAACCAACAGUUUCAGUUUGGUCAUGCUCUUAAACCUCAGGUUUCUUCUAUUUUCACAUCAUUUUUGGAUGGCUUAAAGAAAUUUUAUAUUACAAAGUUCAAAGGAUUUGAUCCAAAUCAGCUAACUGUCGCUACAUUACUAUUUGAGGGCGACCGUGAGAAGGUUCUUCAACAUGAAAAGCAAGUGUAUGACAUCGCUGCAAAAUUUGGUGGAUUGGCAGCUGGAGAAGAUAAUGGACAGAGAGGUUAUUUGCUGACCUAUGUCAUCGCAUACAUUCGAGACUUGGGCUUGGAAUACUAUGUAUUAGGAGAGUCUUUCGAGACUUCUGCUCCUUGGGACAGGGUUGUGGAUCUCUGCAGAAAUGUAAAAGAGCGAAUAACAAGGGAAUGCAAAGAGAAGGGUGUUCAGUUUGCUCCUCUUUCUACCUGCAGGGUGACGCAGACUUACGAUGCAGGUGCAUGUAUCUAUUUCUACUUUGCCUUUAACUACAGGGGAAUAAGUGACCCACUGACUGUGUUUGAACAAACAGAGGCAGCUGCUAGAGAAGAAAUCCUUGCUAAUGGAGGGAGCCUGUCGCAUCACCAUGGAGUGGGCAAGUUACGGAAGCAGUGGCUAAAGGAAAGUAUCUCUGAUGUUGGCUUUGGGAUGCUGAAGUCUGUCAAGGAGUAUGUGGACCCCAAUAACAUCUUUGGAAACAAAAACCUUUUAUAAAUCCAUUACUGUUGUUACAAAAAAAAGUUACUUUUUCUUUUUUUUUUUUUUUUUAAGUCUUCAACUAUGGUUAUACCAGUAAUCAAAUAUAUCAUGGACUGUAUUUCAGCAAAGUUUGUUUGUUGGUUGAAAAUAAGUUGUUAAUCAUUCUGUAUUUGUUUUGUUUCUAAAUCUAUGGAUUGACAGAUGGUAUUCCUAAAUCUCUCUCCUUGUAGGUGCAUCAGUUGAUCGCCAACUGGUUGUCAUUUCAAAUUUUAGUCAGGCAGCACAAGGCUGCUAGCUGUUAUUUCAAAGGAAGAUGCUGCCAGCUGCUCUGUAUUGAUGCCUCCCCUUGGGAACAAAGGCAGAUUUUGGUGUCAUCCACGGCUUAUCCAGCCUCUUUUUUAAAAGGGUGUUGCUGGGAAGCAGAUAUCUAGGGAAGGAUUCCGUUCGGAGUGAUUACAAAUUCUAGUGUGAGUAGGCCAUUAAGGAGGGUACUCAGGAAAGAACAUAGGCAACCUGUUACUUAGGAUACCUUCAGUUCUGUGAGGUGCUUGGCCUACAUUUUUCUUUGAAAUGAGUAUAGCGUUUUAGACCUUAAGUCAGUCUAAAAAUUAUUGUUAGGGACAUGUUUUAGUUUUCCGUGUUUCUGUUUCUACUGGGGUAUGAAUUGUAUGUGUAUAAGUGAGAAAAUCUCCUGUUAUAUCCUAGUUCCUUCAUCAUAUGUUGUAUAAGAAAAACUGACCUAUCACUCAUUGUAUUUGAAGGACAGUUUUACCAUGAAAUGAAUGCCUUUAUCAGCUUAACAGUUCUAAUGUUUCUGAUUUCACAUUCUUGUUGCUGAGAUGCAUAAGAAGCUGCAACAGGAGUAGAAGAAGGAAGAUUCCUUACACUUCAUAUCUCCAGUUCAAAGAAUCGUUUGGCUAACGAAACACAGCUAUCAUUUAACUACUGAAUUUGAAAACUUCAAGUUUCAGUAACCAUUUUUUUUUAAUUAACCUGAACAACAUGAUAAAUUUUCAUAUAAAACUAAAGUUUCAGUUUAGUUUUUAAUAGUGAUUUAACGCCUUUUUGAAUUACUGGUUUAACCUAAAUUUUGAAAAAAAUAUAUUAAUACACAUGCCAUAAUCAAAAGUUUGAAAUGUCAUAUUUCUUGAAUAAUAGGGAGAAGGUUAAUCACAUUUAGCAGACAUUUUUACAUUUAAACCUGGAUAUUAAAAUAAGUAAAAUUAUUACUUUGAAUCACUGUCUGUCAAGGUUCAUGAUUCACAUUUUGGGAUGGAUUCUUUUCUUAAUGCAAUACCUAACUUUUGAUAAUUUUUUAAAAUUAAUAUUUGAUCAAAUAAUAUAAGUCAAAGUGCAGACGAUCCUUUAAAAGGACACGCUGUCUGUCUAUGUAGCAACAGCUCCAAAGUAUUUUUGGGCAGUUUGAUACCUUUUAUAUCUGAAGUAUACUUAAACAGAAAAGUGAAAAUUUAAAUUGACAAAAUGGUAUUUUUAAGACUUCAAAAUGAUAAAACAAUUUGUAAUAAAAUUGGCCUCAAACUAAUAAGCUUAAAAUCUGUAAGCAAAUCAAAAUUAAAUAAUCAGUUUAACAACAAAAACUAAAUGUUUAUUUAUUAGAAGCUGCCUCUCUUCACUGGUGAUUUAUUUUUAAUUAUAAAAUUUCCAGCAGAUCUUAGCUUUAAAAGCCCUUGCUAUUUGAAAUAGUUGGAUGUUUGAUGAGGAAAUUCCACUUGCCUCUAGAAUUAUAAAAAUCUCAGCUUUAUAAAAUGCAUCUAUCUAUUCAUGAAGGUAAUUUCUCUAACUGGUGAUCAAAAUGUAAAACUUAAUACAGUAGUAAUAUCUCACUGGAGUGUAUACAUGUUUCUGAGUAAAUUUUUUUAAAUAAAAUUUACGGAUUCAUAAGCAGACCCAUUCCUUUGCACGUGAUUGUUCUAAUAUUCUCUCCCAGGGAGUUCAGAUUUCAGCAACCUCAGAAAUCUGUAUUUGGUUUUAGGAAACUAUAAAUGUCACAGCUGAAAAUUGUUGUGUUCACUGUUCUACAUGAACCUUACGGAAUAAUUAGUGAUUUAUGUCUUUGUUUUUCUUCUUUCAUGUAUGCAGGACUCCCCAACCUUGAUUUUAUAGUGAUGACUACAUUCUGUUCUUGGAAUGAUUUCUACAGGGAUUUUGAAACAGAUGAACACUUGCCAGUGCUGUUUCACUCUGAUUUAGUAAAUCAGAAACCCGGUACCCCACUUUCUCACACCUGCUUCUGAGAGAUACCUCGGAAUGUACUUAGUUUCUGUGGAGAACUGGGUUCUUGAUUAUGCACAGAGGCACUUAAACCUUGCCUCAUAUUUCUGGAAUAUCUGAAAAUGGUUUCAUAAAAGUUAAAGCAUGGAGUAUAUUGUUUAUGUGAGGCUUUUAAACUCAUUUUGAAUAAGUUUCUUUAAAAUUUUAAAAGCUCAUAACCGAUUUGGUUUUUAGUACAGCGUAAACAUUGACUUGUCUUUCUUAAAUUAGUCAUAUUUCUAAUAUUUGUUGAUGUUACAUUUGGGUUGAGGUUUUAGUGGGACUAGGAACUUGCUGCUAGUCAGAAGUGGCAUUGAAUACUAAAGACUCAAUAUGAACAGGCUUUUUUGACCCUUAGAGAAACUGAUGCCUUAAUGUUUGGUGCAAAAUACAGUGCAUAAGUGAAUUUUGUCUUAUACUGAGUAACUUGAGCUUUUUUAGUUUAGUAAGAAUUGUGGAAGCCACAUGUUUAUUGUGCCCAGCAUUUUACCACAAAGAAAGAGGAUUGAAUUCUUUCGUCUUGGGAGGAAUUGGGAAUUUACAUCGUAAAUGCUUACAUGUAUUUAGUACUAUUAAGAGCUACUUAUGAAGCUGGAAGCCUUCUUAAAUGUAGUUGUAUAGAUGUAUUUUGGAAAACAUAAGCGCAGUGAAGGAUGAGCUUCCAUCAGUGUGUCAGAUACAGAUGGUUGCAAGGAAACCUGGUGUUCAGAAUAUUCUCUUAGUAACUGCUAAGUCCUAGCUUACAUUUUUGAUAAUGCCUUUCUGCAUGCUGGCUCCAGAGAUUUUUCUUUGUUCUUUCCUUUUUUAGCUACAACUUCUUAACCAGAGCUGAUCAAAGAAGCCCUGUAGUCCCAAGCUGAAGCGUGUAACCUCAACUGUUCAAAUGGGGCUGGGUGUGGUUGAGCAUCUAUUCUGUAUAAAUGUAGAACACAAACAGUUCCUGAUCAUGGAUUGAUUCAGAAGCUGGAUGUGCUGGCGCUUGAAGCAGCCACAAUGGAAUGCUGUGGGAAGUGUCUGCAUUUUAAGGAACACUGAGGCAUUAAGGACAGCUUUAAUAGCUUUGCAUUUACCACUUAAUCUUUGGCAACUUUGCUUUUAAUUAGGGCUUAGCUCAUGGUGGAAGAAAAGCUGAAAAUACUAAGUGCCAGUGUUGGAUUGAAGAAUCCAGAAUCACUUUUGGCUUUACGAGUAUGGAAGUGUGGCUUUGCUCAAGGCUCCAAAUGAACCAUAUGUCAAUACAUUCAUUGAAUUCUUACUCAUUUCAGGGUCGUGAAAAGGAAAUAAUGUAUACAUUGAUGCUGAAAUUCAGAAAAUAUAAAAGAUUUUUUUUAACUAUUGAAUUUUAUGCUGUCUGCUAUGAAGGAUGUAAGACCCUUGGGUUUCUGCUUCCUAAACCACACUGUUUGCCUUCAGUGUGGAAUUUGUAAAAACUACUUGUAACAUCAACAGGUUAUAGAAAUGUGUAUCAUUAAUAAAAUGCACCCACGUCUAAGAGAUUUUGUUUUCUUCAAAGGGAGUGGGAAGCUCAUUGUUCUCUUUGCAUAUGGGUUUUUCUUUCAUUUUUAGCUUUUCAUCUUCAUAUUUCCACUGAUUCGAAAACAAAAUUUUAUAAUUUUAUUAAUGAAGCAUAAUCAAGCCCCUUUAGAAUAUAAUUAGCUAGAUUUUAUCACUAAUUAUUUUUUAAAUCAAUGUUAUAUUCCUAGGAGGUGUUUAGUCUCCCUUGAACCUGAAGCAUUCCAAUUUGAACCUAGGAAGAUCCUCAGAAAAUGAGCACUAUGCUCUUCUAUUAUUCCUUAAUAAACCUGAGUGAGGACCACUGAUAUAUGGAACACUCAAGCCAAAGAACCAUCACAGAAUGAAGGAACUUGAGUUCUGUGAACAUGAAAAGAUUUCUUUUUUGGUUCCCAAAGGAGAUUUUUUUUAUAACUUUUUUUUUUUUCCACAAGGAAGAAAAAUAACACAUUAUCAUUAAGAACAUUUUUCAGAGACUGAACUUCCAAAUCUAAGGGGGAGAGAGAAGGAAAAGAAAAAUGUUUUAGUGUGAAUCUUUAAGCUGCACAAAUACCUGUUUUUCAGGCAUCUUAUUGUUAGCAGUGUUUUUCAUGAAAAAUAUGAGCACCCUAUGAAACUUACGGUUUAACACUUAAAGUAAUCUUGUUCACAUAUUCGUAAAGAACAUGAAAUGCUUAUACUGAUAUACAGUUUCUAUAAAUAAUUAUUUUUUUUGGACCUCGUAAGGAAUUUCCCCAAAAGUUUACAGUGCCUUGUUGGGAUUUUUGUUUUGUUUUGUUUUUCCAUGAAAUAGCCAUUGUUUAAAAUGAGUGGGAGAGGAUAAUUAAGUCUUUAAAGACUGAGAUUGUUUAGUAGUUCAGGGCUCUUCCUCUUCAAGAAUAUGUCAGGAUUUAAGUAGUUAUGUGUAGAAAUACUGAAAAUCCUUUCCACAGUGUGGGUUUGAAUCGUCUGUUCUAGUCUGUUUCACUAGUUAUACGGUGGACCUGUACUUCAUAUAUCCGUUCAGUUGAUGGGAUUUAUAUGUACUUUCAUUCUUAGAUUUUCAUUUCUAUUGUCCCAACUUAGUAGCCCUAAGAUGUGGCUUAGUGGAUGUGGCCUACUCACUCAGUCCCUGAGACACCCACUACUUGCUUUUGGAUGUUAGCUCACACAGCUCCCUGAGGAGCAGGGCCUGUUGGGGUGGGGGGAUCUCUUCCUUAUAUUGUGUGUCAGUCUUUUUUUCUGUGAUGGUGCCUUCAGAAUAAUGAGUAUUUCUGUUCCUGGACAAUGAUAAAUCUCACGAGAAAUAUGUGCAGAUUAUAUCUCUUAAUUUUUGUCCUUUUUUGCUAAGCCUGUGAAAUACUUCGGCUCUGAUACAACUUGACUUGAAUAAUAUCUUAUCCUGAGUCUUCCUCCAAGGCAGUACAUAUUCCUGCCAGUACUGUAGUAAUCUUUUGGGAACUACAUGUGGGUAAGCUCUUGUAUGUAAGCCAUUAUAUUGCUGUAACUAAUGCAUACAAACAGUUCUUCUCUUUACGUUUAUAGUUUAAAUGUUGAUAUGUAAUGGGAAGGGAAGUUUCUGAGAGAUUCAACGCAGCUUUGUCAGUUCAGACUGAGCCAUACUGUUUUCCACAAGGGCUCAAAACAUAGUCUAUCUACUGUGCUUUUGGUGUAUGUUUGGAUUUCUCCUUUUAUUGCUUUUCCUAGACUGUACUGUUCUAUAAGCAAAUGCCCAUGUAUGAUUUUUAAGAUGUGCUGGGAAGAAAUAAAACAAUAUCAAAACCG